UCUGUGAGUAAAUAGAUGGUUUGACCCAGUGAAAUUCAACCAGUCUAACCCUCAGAAGAUCAUUUGUCAUGUUUUCAAAAUGUUUGAUUAUGGCACAGGAGCAAAGCUGACCAGUUCUUCCAUAGAUCCUGAAUGGAGUGGUGUACCAUGGUAUCUGUAAACCUCUGUGCUGUAAACUAUAGCUUCUUUGCAGAGAUAUGUGGCACAGGAAAAGGAGGGAACACACUGACACCUCUGCCUAGUUACUGUACACAAACACCUUUGACUGGUUACCAUGUCUUCGCAACGCACACUCUUAAGUUACUGUCAACAUGUACAGAAAGAGAGAGACCUCAGAGAUACUUUUGGAGUGUGACACUUUGAGACUCUGCUGCCUGACUCUUUUGCCCUUUCUCCAGACCACUGGAUUUCUGACUCCCUUUCUUCCCCGGUACCUGUGUGCUCCACGUUUACGACGUUUCAUCACCCUGUACAGUACAGUCAGUUCUGCUUUCACACCUUUUUUAAUUAUGCAGUUCGGAUGUGGUGCGAUGAAUAGUGGAACACCGUUUACGUAACGCAGAUUUUUUGCGAGUGCGACUUGGGAAUAACGCAUGUGUGUGACUUCUUUCCAACAAUUCAAACCUGAGCUCUGCAGAGAAAUUCACUAGCUGUGCACAGGAAGAUGGCUUCACUUUGCUGUGUGUUUUUUGUUUUAUGUUUAACUUUGAUUUAUUGCAAUGUAAUAACAUGGCUGCUAAUGUGAUAAGAGUGUGAAGAAGUGUUCUGGUGGUCUGGAGUUCAUAAAAGAAAGGCUUUAACACUAGAAUAGUAUCUGGAUGUCAUAAAGUACUUUGAAGGAAACCAGAGUACGUGACACUGCAUGCAGCAAGUUUUAGUUAAUUUACACUGGGCACCGAAAGACAAUGCGCCUUUAUUACACAAUCAGCCUUAUUCUUUCAUGAUUUUUAUCAUGUAUUUGCAAAAAGUUGUAGCUUUGGGUGUGCCAUGACAGCUUUCUGUAGGGAAUGAUAACUUGAUGUAGAUGUAUAUUAAUUGCUCUGGCCCAAACCCAUUUUUCCAUUAAAAAUUACAUUUAUUAUGCAAAUUAGCAUAAUGCAGCAUUUCAUAGGAACAUAAGUAUUGUGUUACAGCAGAACUGACUGUACAGAGAAAUGAAGAGCAGAACAGACAUUGUUUGCCGAGUUUCUCUUUGAAAGAGCGACACCGAUUGGCCUCACGUGGAGCAUUUGUUUAACUCUUCCAUAUCCUUGUCAAACCCCUGGUGUUGGCUUGAUUUCUGUAGGAUUUUUGUUUUCAUCUGUGGAACAUUGAAGUCAUGGGAGGAGACGACGCUCAAAAUUCAGCCAGUUUUACAAAGACAGUCUUUCAAGUAGUUCUGCUCUUUCCAGUGAUUCUAGGUGCCCUUGGUAAGGAGGUGAUGAUGGAACCUGAGGUCAUGUCAGAAUUAGGUGGAGCGGCCAGGUUACCUUGUCAGUUAGUGAGCAACUAUCAGCCCUCUUUCUUUGUGGUGACAUGGUUGCGAACAUCAGAGCUCAGAAGUCGCUCCAUUGCCGUUUUCCAUUCACAACAGGGUAUAAUUUAUCCCAAUUCCCCCAUGAAAGGAAGGGUCUCCUUCACAAAAGCGUCCCAGGGGGAUUACUCCAUCGGCAUCACAGACGUGAAGAGGACUGAUGAGGGCAGUUACACCUGUUACUAUCUCGGAUACACCAUCGGAAGUCUGGAGAACAGCACGUUGCUUCUUACACUUGUGAAGCCCAUAAACACAGCUGCACUGGUCUCCGUAACAGCGGGUACGAUGCCCGUUGUGGUCGCUAGCUGCACCUCGGCUAAUGGCAAACCAGCGGCACAAAUCUCUUGGGCAACAAGGCUCAAUGGCAACACAACCAUCAAAACUGAACCUGGCACCAAAAGUACAGAGACGGUCACAUAUGAGUACUGGCUUAUACCAACGGCUGCAGAUGAUGGCAAGCACAUCAGCUGUGUCAUCAAGCAUCCCUCGCUGGACAAAGCUGAGGUCAUCAAAAUGAGACUGUCUAUUGAGCACGCCCCUGAGGUGACCAUCGUGGGCUACGACGACAACUGGUAUGUGGGCCGCAGCUACUCAAGACUCACCUGUCUGGCCAAAGCAAACCCUCCCCCUACUUCUGUGACAUGGAAGGUGCUGUCAGGCCCAAUGCCAGAAACUGUGCGCAUCAAGGGGAACGUGCUUGCCGUGCUCCCGCUGGACGAAGCAAUGAACGUAACCUUUGUAUGCGAGGUAGCAAAUCGCCUGGGGGUGGGAAGGCAACAGCUCACGCCUGUGGUCAGACGCAGGUCCCCACAAACCAUGAACCAGAUAACCAGUGGGAUCACUGGAGGGUUUGUUGGGACCAUCCUACUGCUGGUCUUUGCUGGAACUGUGGUGUGGACUGUCCAGAUGUGUUGUCUGAAGUCUUUGCGUGUGGGCAGUCUUCCGAUAGACGAGCCCUCGCCCCUUGAGAAGACUGACCACUCUGGUGGCAGGCAGCACUCCAGCCAAGCCUCAGGGUCAGAGAGCCAGCUGCUGAGCCAGGCUGACCAGAGGGGCGCUACGGUGGUUGUAGUCUGUGAGGACACAGUGUUGCAAGGCAAGAAGAGUGAUGUCAGCGAAGAAAUAAAAUAAGAAGAAGAGGGCUAAGGUGGAGCCAGCACAACUGCCACCCCCCUUUCGGACAGCGCGCUAUAUGGCUCCUGCGUUCAUAUAAAUGUGGAGCCAACGGGCCAUGAAGGGUCACAUGGAUUUGCACACUCAGCAAACCACAGAGAAACCUAACAGAAUCAGGAUCAGUGACGGUUGUAUUUGCCACGAAGAGAUAGUCAUACACCAAGUCCUCGUGGUGCAGAAACCAACCAACCAAUCUCAGCAACCGCUUGUCCUAGGCGGCGUCGCGGCAAGCCGGGGCCUAC